AUGACAACUGCAACAACAAAGUUCUUUGACCUCAUGGACUCGAUGUAAGAUGGAAGCCGGAUUUCAGACAGUUUCGUAACUUUAACAUUAUUACGUUCGUUAUUAAAAUAAAGAGAGAGAAGUCCAGAAGAAUGUCGCGCCAGAUACAGCAAGGCAAGGAUACAAUCAUUUUCUUAUCCAAAGAAGAAUUAGAUGAGCCAUCACAGAUUAAAUUGGAAUACGAAAAAGAAGAUGAAGAGCAUAUGGGGCUAAUCAAACCUGAUGGCGAAAUUAAUUGGAACUGUCCAUGUCUUCAAGGAAUGGCAGAUGGGCCAUGUGGCCAAGAAUUUAGAGCCUCGUUCUCUUGCUUUCAUUUCAGUGAGGCAGAUCCUAAGGGCUCAGAUUGCAUUGAUCAAUUUAGGUCAAUGCAAGAAUGCUUUGUGCAGCACCCCGAAGUUUAUUCUAUGGAUGAUGAUAGUGACAAGAAAGACAUAGAAAACGUUGAAAAUGUGCCAGUUUUGGCUAACAAUGAAUCCAUUGAAACAAAUGCUGACAAACCAGAAAUAGAAAAAGAAAUUUCAGAGGAACUUAGAACUGAAUCUUCGGAAGAUAAAGUUGAUGAAAAAGUAGCAGUUACUGAUAAUCUUGAAAAUGAAACAAUUGCAGAUAAGAGCUAAUUAGGUUCUAGUUUUAUAGGCAUGUGAUGUUUAUAAUUCUCAGUUUCCUUGUUAGGUGUGUGUCCAUCAUUGUGAGUUUUUUUAAAGAACUAUUGUUUACAGGAAAGUAUUCUCUAUAUGUUUUAAAAAUGACUGGCUGGUGAUAAAGCAUUUCCAAAAAGAAAGAAAUUGUUUCUGAAAUGAUUUUUUCAUUGAAUCAAGAUUUGUGAUUCACAAUAUAUCUGGAUACUAUUUUUCAUUUAU